CUUCUGUUAAAGAUACUCAAUUUUUUGCUCGGUCAAUUAUCUAAUCUUACUAAAAAUUAUUUAAGCUUCGAGCUCGAACGCUCUGCAGGAGUGUUAAAACAAUGAAAGAAUCAUGUUAUAUGACGCUAUAAAUGAAUAUGUUCUGUUGGUUGAAUGCCUGGAAUUUCAAGAAAGCGUUUGUUAAAUUUCAUAAUUUGCAUUUUAAACGUUGGACACGUUAUGCUUUUAGCAUUGGUUCGUGUUUGUGCGCAGAAGUCCUAGAACAUUCUUUGUUGAUUCAAGUACUUUCUUCAACUAUCGGAAGAUUUUCAAUAUAAAAAUGAGAUUAAAGGGACCAUGGAUAUACAUUGUACCCACAAU